CCGUUUAAUCACUGUUCGCUUCACAUUCAGUAUAAGGAGAAACACCGAACGGAACUAAUCCAUUUUUCGCGUUAUCGUUGAUAGAGAUCUGAAAAACAAAAUGUUACUACCGACUGAUUCAACUUGCUCAAUAGUUUUUAUAAUACUGCUGCUUAACACAAAUGUUGAUUUGAUCAAUUCAUCGAAGUGUAAUCGAACUCCCGAAGGUCAUGGAGCACUAAAAACACCGGCAGACGGAAGAUUUCAUAUACGAAUUUUAGAAAAUACCGACAAAUAUACGCCGGGAAAAACUUAUACGAUUAAGCUAGAAGGAAUUGAUGCAGGUCAACGAACUAUGCCACCGUUGAAACACAAAUUUUCUGGUUUUAUGUUGGUUGUUGAGAAGAAGUCCAAUGACUCAAUGGCGGAUCAUUCAAUUUUAACAGUUGGUACUUUAUCACGACCUGAGGGAGACUCAUUGACCAAAAUUACUUGUUCGAAUAUGGUCUCACACACCACAACGACACCGAAAAGCGAAAUUCAAAUAAUGUGGAAAGCUCCGCAAGUUGGUAGUGGUUGUGUCGUUUUCAAAGCUACUGUCAUUGAACAUCGAGAUGUCUGGUACAUGGAUGAUGGACCACUGACGAAAGAAUUUUGUGAAGAACAGAAUUUCGAUGACGAAUUUAGUAUUCCGGUAAAAUGUUGUGCUUGUACUGAGGCGAAAUACGAGCUCACAUUUGAAGGUCUUUGGUCAAGGAAUACACACCCGAAAGAUUUUCCAUCCAACGUGUUCAAUACGAAAUUCAGUGACAUUAUUGGUGCAAGUCACACUGCUUCUUACAGAUUUUGGAAAUAUGGUCAAACUGCAUCCGAUGGUUUAAUGCAAGUUGCCGAACAUGGCUCUACUAAAGAAUUAGAGUCGGAACUAAAGGCACAAAGUGGAGAAAUUCGAACUAUUAUUAAAGCCAAAGGGCUCGUUCAUCCAAAUGUAACCGGAAAAACGUUUGCUGUGUUUCGCGUUGACCGGAAUCACAGCCAGGUAUCGUUCGUUUCAAUGAUUCAUCCAUCUCCUGACUGGUUCCUUGGUGUCUCCGGACUAGAACUUUGUAAAGAAGAGGGCUGUAGUUGGGUUGAAAGUAGAACGUUAGAACUAUAUCCAUGGGACGCAGGAACUGAUUCGGGAAUCACGUAUGACUCACCUAAUGAACCAACAACUCCUCGAGAAUUCAUUCGUCGCAUUCGUGCAGAUUAUCCAAACGACCCUAGGUCACCGUUUUUUGAUCCAAAUGCCAAUAUGAAGCCACUCGCCCGUCUCUAUAUAUCUCGACAAAGGGUAUACGAAAAAGACUGUCCGGCCGAGACUGAUGAUGCAUCAAGGAAGGAAUGUGCUCUUGGUCCAUGGGAAGAACAAAAGGCAUGCGAUACACAAUGUGGUCACGGAAACAAACAUCUACAGAGGCACUAUUUGAACGAGCAUUUGGCUUCACAAGCAGGAUGUAGAGAUGUAUUAACACAACGCAUUCCAUGUUAUGGCACGAAUUGUGGAAACCACCGCUCAGACGAAAUCGAAGAAAUCACUCAGCCAUCGUGUGCUUUAACUCCAUGGAGUGAUUGGAGUGAAUGUUCGGUAAGAUGUGGGCACGGAAAUCGGACCAAAACUCGUAGAUAUGUUCAGAGAAACGGAAAGAAAUAUUGUGAGGGCGGAACCAACUAUCCACCAUUGACGAAGUCCUUACCAUGUCACAUUCCAUGUUCUGGUGAAAUAACCAAUUUACACAAUGGAGGCGAAGAGGAUCAGAACUAGAAAAGCCAAGUGUGAAGAAAGUGAACUACUGGAGAAAAAAACACAUAUUCGACUGUAAGGUAAGAACUGGCAUCGAAAGUACAGUGAAUGAUGAAUUAUUUUGAAUUUUUCUUUGUAAAAUAUUGUAGAGAGGUUCCAGACGGAGGUCGUUGCAGCGAUGUAACAACUAUGUGGUUCUACAACUGGGAUACUAAACGUUGCGACAUGUUCAGUUAUGGUUGUGGUGAACAUCAGAAUACGUUUUUGACAUAUGAAAAUUGUUCGAAAACUUGCUUACGUCGGAAAUCCAUGUUUCAAACACAUCUGAAACCGAAUGGACGGAAAGGAAAAUCGAGGAGUAGACAUCGAUUACUGACGAGUCUAUGAGAUGUUUGAUAAAAAGGAAUUAUUAAGCAGAA